AUGGCACCACCACCGCCGACGCAAGGCGAGUCGCUCCAGAGCCGCGUGCUGAAGCUCGCCCAGACGCUCCAGUUCGCCUGGUUCGUCGGCCAUGUCACGCUGCUGCUGUGCACGCUUAGGUACGGCCUCAGCUACAUCAUGUUCAAGUACUACAGUCGCUGGGCCCAGUUCUCCUACCGCACCGCCUUCAUUGCCGCCGCUGCCACCUACGGAAUCGUCGUCUUUAAGGGAUACCGCGCGCGCGCAAAGAGCGGCAAGCAGCCCAGCAGCCCCUUGGCGCUCGUCGGUGACGAGAAUGUGCAGUACCUGGGUAAGCUAUGCCUCGCACACGUUGGCUUAUAACAGCUCGCUCACGCUUGAUUUCUACAGCAAUGGCCCUCCUGUGGCUCUUCUCCCGCCAGUACCCGCUCGCUAUGCUCCCCUACGCCAUCUACAGCGUCUUCCACGUCCUGACCUACACCCGCGGCAUCCUCCUCCCAACCAUCCAGCCACCACCAGCUACGCCAGCAGGUGAGAAGCCAAAGAGCUCCGCGCUCGCCGACAACAUUGGACACUUCGUCAAGGACUACUAUGAUGAUAGCAUGUCGCUCGUUGCUGGCCUCGAGCUCGCGCUGUGGUUCCGCAUCCUCGGAUCCGCCAUCAUCUUCGUCAAGGGCAGCUGGAUCAUCUUCCUCGUCUACACCGUCUUCUUGCGUGCGCGUAUUAGCCAGAGCACCUUUGUUCAAGGAAUGCUUAAGCAGCUCGGUGCCCGUGGUGAUGCUCUCACCCAGCGCCAGGACGUCCCACCUGCCGCUCGCCAGGCCUGGGAAACCACCAAGAACAUCGCGAAGCAGGUUCACGACCAGACCGAUAUCAACCGCUACGUCCAGGGAGGAAACGCCCCUCAGUCCACCCCUCCCAAGAAGGCACAGUAA